ACUGCGACGUGAUUCCGUCAUUGUCGCUUUGCAUCACCUCAGUUUCACAAGUCAGCUUUUAAUGUCACCCAAGGACGUCCUGGUCUCGCAUCCCUCAGUAUCGUCGAUCUCAACUCCGCCAAUACACCUAUGAGCCUAAUGAUUUUUGAGUUUCGAAACAACAACUUUACAUCAUCAUACGUCACAAGAUUUCUCACCCUUCUCGCAUUUCCCGGAAGAUGCCCUUGAAAGCGGAGGAAACAGCACGCUCUCUCGGAGACUCGAUCAAUACGGCGACGAGAUCCGUUCACACGAAACUUAAUAAACUCAUCGUUGCCCGCCUGCCACUGGCUAUCCCGCCACAGGCUCAGGACCCUUCGAAUUAUGUCUCCGGUCUUCUUCACAUCACCCCUAUCUACAACACUUUCGAGUCAUUAUGGCAAGACAUCCUGAAAGCGCCAGUCUCGAAAUCAGAAGGGAGUGGCACCGUGUCGGAUGGCCACUCGUGUGAGGGUUAUAAGCCAUCCUCGGCUGUCCACCACGUACCCAAUGGACUGGAUGCUCCACAUGGCCCAGUGGUUUGCUCGAGAGUACAGUCCCUCCUCGAUCAUUUGCACACGACCGACUUGGAGCGGACCGAAUCCUUGAAGCAAGACAUUGCGUCGAUGUCAGGAUGGUCGCCAGAAUUACUGGAGCAGCAACUCGGCUCCGCCGCCGAGUCACCUUUCCUCUCAGCCUUUGUCGAGCAUAUACGGCGGGCUGUACAAGAACGCCCACAUGUUCUUCUGGCCUACGCCUGGGUUCUGUACAUGGCCCUCUUCAGUGGCGGCCGCUUCAUCAGAGCCUCCCUGUCUAGAGUCGAUCUAAGCUUCUGGUAUGCCAUUUCCAUGGUAUCUGGCGCUCGUAGAGAAUCCGUUAUGAUACCUCUUCAAUUCUUCACAUUCACCUCGCCCAACGAUGGCGAUGACAUCAAGCUGGCGUUCAAGAAGCGCUUGGCUGAGUCGGAAAUGCUUCUGACCAGAGAGGAGCAGGACGACGUCAUCACCGAGGCGCAGCGCAUCUUUGAGUUCAUGAUCGAGGUUGUCGGUGAGCUUGACGAAAUCUGUGGGAUGGAUGACGUCGAGAUCAAAGAAGACCAGGAAGAGGGGAUCAUGUGGCGCAUGAGUAGAUUGCUGGGCUUGAGGACGAGGGAUAGUCAGUAGCGCUUCCAGACUCUCCACCAGUCCCUCUCGCAAUGUUGUUUCACUACCUGCGUGAUCUGCCCUUCUUGCCCAGCUCCUCUUCAGUCUAGAGAUGA